ACUGACAGCAUGGCAGGAGACAGCGAGAGCAAGUUGGACAAUCAAGCCGAAAAUGAACAUGUUGUCAGGCAACCUUUCCUCAUCGGGGUAGCCGGCGGCACUGCCAGCGGCAAGUCAUCAGUCUGCGGGAAGAUCAUGGAGCUUCUUGGCCAGAAUAAGAUUGACCAUCAUCAGAGGCAGGUGGUUAUCCUCAGUCAGGACAGUUUCUACAGGGUACUGACCUCUGAACAGAAGGCCAAGGCUCUCAAGGGACAAUUUAACUUCGACCACCCAGAUGCGUUUGAUAAUGAAUUGAUAGUCAAGACCCUGUGUGACAUCAUGGAGGGAAAAACUGUCCAAAUACCAGUCUAUGACUUUGUUACCCAUUCAAGGAAAGAGGAAACGGUCACAGUGUAUCCAGCAGAUGUGGUUUUAUUUGAAGGCAUCCUCAUGUUUUACUCACAAGAAAUACGAGAUCUGUUUCAGAUGAAGCUGUUUGUGGAUACAGAUGCAGAUACACGUCUGUCACGCAGAGUCCUGAGAGACAUUAGUGAGAGAGGUCGCGACCUAGAGCAAGUGCUGAGCCAAUAUAUAACGUUUGUGAAGCCUGCCUUUGAGGAGUUCUGUCUGCCAACAAAAAAGUAUGCUGAUGUGAUCAUUCCAAGGGGAGCUGAUAACCUGGUUGCCAUAAAUUUGAUAGUGCAGCACAUUCAGGAUAUUCUGAAUGGUGGCUUGACCAAACGCUUGAACGGCUACCUCAACGGCCACAACAUACCUCGUAAACGGCAUCCCUCAGAGUCCAGCAGCAGGCCACAUUGACCUGCCCUCUCCCAGAAUGUCAGGGAAUUCAAUAGAGACAGAUUGUUUAAAGGAGGGAUGCAAAAGGUGUGGAAGGAUGGAAAGAAGGAUUGCUUGUGCAUUCUGUUAAUUAGCCAACACUGUAUUUAAGACUUAAUGAAUCAAGAAGAAAUGUUUUUAAAGACCACCUUCUUUUAUUUCAUACUGCUUCCAUCUUUGUUUUUUUUUGACUGGCUGCACUUAUCUUCUAGUUCUGGGAUGGUAAAAGUUCAAAAUGGAUUUUCCUUUACUAUUUAUUUCAAUUUAUUUUCAUCAUAUGUUUUGUAGCUCAUGGAAAGUGUUUGUUGAAUAAAUGGGGAUUGAACUUAUUAUUAUUAUUAUUUUAACCUUGGUUAUUUAUUUAUUUAUUUUUUAAAAAGGACAACAUUUGCAGAUAACUAUUUUGCAUCAUCAAAAUACCCAUCAGAGUCAAAAGACAAAGGAUGUUUUGAAAUUACUUGUUGUUUCUGUUUUGCUUGGCAGUCAUCUUGUUGGUUUAUUAUUGAGUGUUCUGGCAUUAUUUUUUCUUGUCCCCAUAAAAUCAGUGUUUCUUACAAAUAAGAAUAAUUUACAUUUAACAUAAACCUACAUUUUCACUUGAAAUUUUCAGGUAGUGUUGCGGUUUCACAACAGGCCUCUCAGGGUGCAAUUAUUAGUACUGAAAACAAUAACUCCGAGCUAAUAUAGUGAUCAUCAUUGAUUUGAAAACUGGCAGUACUUAAUUGAUUGAAUUUACAAUUAAAUCUUACAAUUAAAUGAUGUCCUCAUUAGGGGUAGUUCAUCCAAAAAUUUUAAUUCUCAUCAUUUACUCAACUUCAUGCCAUCUCAGGUGUGUAUGACUUUCUUUCUUCUGCAGAACACAAAUGCAGAUUUAUUUGUAAAAUAUCUAAACUCAGUAUGUCCACAGCAAGUGAAUGUUGGCCAGAAAUUUGAUUCUCCAAAAAUAACAUAAAUGCUACAUUAAAGUCAUCCAUACGACUCCAGUGGUUAAAUCCAUAUCUUCUGAGGCUGAUAUGAUACGUGUGGAUGAGAAACAGAACAAAAUAAGUCCUUUUUACUAUAAAUCUCCUUUGACCAGCCCCAACCAGUAAGUGGCGAUAUGCACAAAGAAUGUGAAUCACCAAAAAACAAAAUAAGGUGAAAGUGGAGAUUGAUCACAUCUGGGAUGGCAUGAGCAUUUUUGGGCAAAUUAUUUAAGCAUAAUUAUGUAAUGUAAAACCAAACCCAUUGGUUAAUUGUGCAGAACUGCACUGGAGUAUUAUUAUAAGCAGUAAGCUAUGUGUCAAAAGAAUUAUGUUCUUAUACUAUGCACUGUACCCUUGACUCUAAUAAUGCAAUUUGAUACUCCGUUCAAAGCGCUCCUGAAUUAGACACUUGGUGUGUGGCAUUUAGGCAAAAAGAUGAGAUGUUUAAUUGACAUUAAUUAUCUUCUCAGAGUCUCUUUAUCCUAUUUGUUCACUUUGCAAUGUCUAUUUCAUGUACUUUCAUUUAGUUUUUAACUGACCUGCGACUAUCACAGUAUUUUACCAAAAUAUAGUGAACACCAUGAUGCCACUUUGGUCAGUCUUUUGACAGCUCACCAAAGAGUUAAUUUAGUGUUUUGAACAUGUAUUUUCCCACUUUCCCACAUGUUGGCUGAUAUAUACACAUUGUUUAUUUUCUCCUGUAGCCAUAGAGCUGCAGAGAAGCCAUUUCGUGGAACUCUGUGGAAAUCAUUCAGGAAGUUGGGAUGUGAGUCACUCACCUGUUAAUUUAGCUAAUCAACAUUAAAAUCUGACCCUUAUUGUUAAGUGAUCCCAUAUCUUUUCCUUUUGGUCUUUGGUUUGAAAUCUUCUCAUUGAAUUUGAGAAUGACUGUUCUUAUUAAGUUUAAUUUAUAUUUUACUGUAUUUUCUUUUCUGGCUGACCUAUUUUUUUAUUUAUUUUUUCCAGCAUUGCUGCUAUGAUACUGGGUGAUUUAUUUACCAUCCAAUGUAAAUAAUCCUAAAUGUUCAGUUAUUGAUUGAUGUAAACGAAAAUGGAUUUGACUCUCUCUCUCUCUCUCUCUCUUCUCUCUGUGUUAAUUUAUAUAUAUAUAUAUAUAUAUGGUAUUCAAUUAACUUGGUCAUUAAUUGAUUUGAGAUUAAUAACCAAUGUUCCUAAAGUCUGAAUCGGUUACAGUACAUUUUGUGCCAUCAUAAACCUUUGUAUGUUGAGAUUUUUUAGACUUCUUUACUUUGUGUUGAAUUUAAUAUGUCACUUGUCUUAGAUAAAUGUGCGUAGAUAUUACAGUUCUAAACAGCACUUGUUUGGAAACACCCAGUAUCGCACAUCUCAACCUCUAUUGCAAAGGGUUUGGAAAUAUUAGCACAUAUUUAAUCAACAGCUCUACUUGGCCCUGACUGCAUUCAUUAAUUCAUACCUACGCAUAAUCUCUUAACAGCUUGUACACUCAGUGUAUAAUCCUACUUGUCUGAAAAUGAUGCAAAUAUUCUAGAAAUUAUUUUAACUGAAAUGUGUAGGGUUUAAGUUGUUGCAACUGUCAUCAUAUGUGCAAUCAAUUAGUUGGUUUGUAUUUGUGUUGAUAUCAGAAAGUAAUCCCAGACUGAAACAGUUGGUUGUCUGAAAGCAAAGAGGGCAUAGCUUUGGGGAGAUGUCAAAUGUAUGGUGUUUUGCAUGAUGGACUAUUAUAUUUUUUAAAAUGUUUCUUAAAUUAUUGAUGCCUUUGAGUUUAGGUGCUUGCUGAGAGGAGGUCCUACUAAAUAAAUUGCAGAAAAGAUUGCAUGCUCAAAAGAUGUUGUUGGCCAAACAGACCAACAUAAGACUUUACAACAGCAUUUCAGUCACAAUGCAAUGCAUAUUACUAACAUUUUAUCUUAAAAUAUUAAAAUAAUUCUUAAAGCUGGAGAAGU